AUGGGUAAAUCGCAAUGAGCAACAUUUUGGACAACACACCAUUCACGUGCAAAGUCAGCUCAGUGCAGAAUAGAAAUGCCAAGGAGUACGGAAAGAAGUUCAUGUUUGACGGCCAGGAAGACACGUGCUGGAAUUCAGAUCAGACGGCUUAGCGCUUCAUAAAAACAUCAUCAUGAGCCAACAAGGGAAGCCCCUGCAGGUCGUUGACCUCCCGCACCUGCCCGAGGACCACGGCGCCCUUGCUGGCCUUCAACUUCUGCCGCACGGCGAAGGCCACAGUCUGCUAGUGUGGGACAGCACCAGAGUAUUUGUCUUCAACGUGCAAGACGUGGACGGCCUCAAGCACUGCCACCCGCAGAUCGUCGCCUUCCCCGAGACAAUGAGCGUCAUCGAGAAUGACCAGCUGGACAUUCUCCUGCUCAACCAACGAGGAAACCUCAGUCUUUGGCGAGAGAAGAUGAGUUCGGCCGAGGAGGAUCUCUUCGAAGACAUGGACACCGACAACGCUCCUGACCAGCCGACCGCCUUGACCUCGGGCGUCUUAGCCCUCAGCGACAGCAGCCACGCCAACUUGUCCUAUGCACUGACCUGCAGAAACGACGAGCAGGUCAGGCUGGUGACCUUCACGAUCGAGAUGAACGCCUUUCAGGAGAGCACGAGUCUUGUGGUGGCACCGUCGGCCGUCCUGGACGCGUCCAAGACCUGCUCCAUCACCUACACCUCGAGCAACUCGUGCUGUCCGCAACUUCUGUCCCGUCUGUGUCCGGGUGUGGACUUUGACGAACCCUGCGACGUGGUCAUCGUCCUCCUGGGCACCAACACAAUUUACUUCUGCCCUCUGGUGCGGUCUGUCGUGGAAAGGCAGGUGUACGAACUGCGUCCGACCGUCCACCCUGUCCGGCACACCAUCUUCGCCAAGGAGGACAGCAGCGCCCUGCUGGUGUUUGCCGAAAACAACGUCCUGAGUGUGAUGCAGGUUGAAGACGAUUCCCUUGCGAAGACGGAGCAGCCGUGCGUCCGAAGCCAGGUCGUCUGCCAAGUGUCCGACGAGACCUUCUUCGUGGGGGACGUCCUCGGUGCGUCCAGCUUCACACUUGGCCAAGACCCCGAGGCGUUGAUCCUCAAAGGCAGCAUUGGUGCUGUGUUUCUGGACGAAAACGUGGCUCUGGUGCUGACCCUGCACGGCGCCCUCUGUCUGGUCAAUUUGGCAGCCGCGCGCUCAGAGCAAGAGGGCUCGAGAAACCCUGAGGAUUUGCUGGACAGACUGAGCAAAGUCAACAAUGAGAUUAAAUUGGUCGAACAGGCCAUCAAGGAGGAGAAUUUGCUCUUGAAGGAAGCGUCCAUGGUGUCAUCGGCGUAUCUAUUGAAGGACACUUUCAAGCUGCAGGUCAAAGUGCACGACGGACCAGAGCUGGACGUUUACUUUUUCGACGUGUUGGUUGUGAACAACUCGAAACACGUUUUUCUGCAAGAAAACUGGAACCUGGUGAUUUCCCUCUCGACCAAUGACACGGUUCAGUCGUUCAGUCAGUGUCUCGCCAAAACCCUGAAGGCCGGCGAGGCUGUAAAAGUCGUGGCCAAAUUCUGCAUCCGCGAAUUCUUGUUCCCGAUGAAAGUGUCCUGUCGGUUCGUGAAGCAACUCUGCGUCCCUUCCAGCUGUGACCUCUACUCUGUAGAACUUCGGUCCGGCGUCGCCAGCAUCGACGUGUCCAGUGUCAACCUGGACUUCACCCACUUCAUCACACCCAUCUCUGUGGAUCCGGUUCAGGAAUACCGGGCCGGCUGGGGCGAUUUGGAGGAGACAAAAGUGCACUCGCGAGAUUGGAAAACCAGCGCCGGUUUCGAGGAAAUCUGCAAGUCCCUGUCGAGGAACAGCGGCCAUCGAGCCUUCGGCGCGGUUCGAUCCAGCAACAAGGCGGCCUUCAGGUUCGGCCCCAGCAGGGUGGACCUGGUGCUGGACGAGGACAAACUCACCGUGUCUAGCACGAAUUUCCCACUAAUCUUCGAUGUCAUUUCCUUCCUCCAGUCCAACAUGGAUGCCGAAGAAUGGGACUCGAAAGAAUUGGUGUCCUUUGACCCCAUGUUUUUUGCCAAGGCAGGAAACAUUGGACAGGCACUUGACUAUGCCCUUUUGACUGACACACUCGACGACGAGCUUGAGACUGACCUGCAGAAUCGCCUGGAAAAACUGGUCGUGUCGCAAUUUCCUUGUAAGAAGAAGAAAUGAGGAUUGCCUCAGUGGGUUGACUUUGAAUUCUCUGCAGACGUCCCUGUGAUCAAACAAAUAAGAAUCCAGUUCCAGGGCGGGUUUGUCGGCCAGGACUGUCGAUUUGAAGCGGGCGACCCCCUCAAGCUGUCUGAGAAUUUUUA